GUAGGGUUGAAACCCAGACAUAAGACAGAUGGAGGGGCUCCUGGGUGGCUCAGUCGGUUAAGCGUCCGACUUCAGCUCAGGUCGUGAUCUCACAGUCUGUGAGUUCGAGCCCCAUGUCGGGCUCUGUGGUGACAGCUCGGAGCCUGGAGCCUGCUUCGGAUUCUGUGUCUCCUUCUCUCUCCGCCCCUCCCCUGGCCUCCAAGCCCAGUAGGCACUUUGAAACGAGGCAAUUUGCUGGGGAGAGGGUGUUAAAGUCACGCAGCCAUGCCUUGCUAACCUCUUCCACACUAUCGGUGCCCAUGUCUCAGCUACAGGCUAACUCCACCUUGCUGGACGGAGACACAGGCCCCAGGGUGGAGAUUUCCUGCCAGGUGCCCUCAGGCAGCCCACCCAUCACCUCUAGCCUUGUCGGGAAGGACCCACAGGUCCACGUGCAGCGGGGACCGAACUACGGGCAGUCUGCCAACUUCUUCCCACUUACCCCGAUGUCAGCCUGGCAUUGGAGCCAGGCUGAAAACGACUUCAGUGGCCACCCCCAGCCCGUUCAAGCUGGUGUCCCCAGGUGA